GCAAGAAUAAAAGAAAAGCAAAAAGAAAGAGGAAAGAAUAAAACAGGGAUUUUUUUUUUCCUCUGCCCUUAAUGCCCGCGAUCUGGAUCAAGGAGGGGGAUUUUCUGUCUGAGCAUGAAAAGGACUGCUAGAGCCCCAGGAUUUUCACGCCUGCAUUAUCAACCCAGCACCCAGUAUGCAAGCUGGACAGAGAAGCUCUCCCACAAGUUCCUACCGAGCCGAAUAAAACCCACGGGCGAGCAGAUCUCCGCCAGAGAGGGACAUUAGCAUCAGGACUCCACAGAAUGGAGCAAGAAUGAGAGGAAAAAGGCAGACAGAAAAGCAUGAACUGGAGGCUUGUUGAGUUCCUCUACCUCCUGUUUAUAUGGGACCAUAUACUAGUACAGCCCUCCCACCAGGACCCAGCUGCCACCAACCAACAUGUCUCCAAGGAGUUUGAUUGGCUUAUUUCAGACAGGGGGCCUUUCCACCACUCGCGGAGCUACUUAUCCUUUGUGGAAAGACAUCGUCAAGGAUUUACAACCAGAUAUAAAAUAUACAGGGAGUUUGCCCGUUGGAAGGUGAGGAACACAGCCAUUGAGCGAAGGGACCUGCUCCACAACCCACUGCCCCUGAUGCCUGAGUUCCAGAGGAGCAUCCGCCUCCUGGGCCGGAGACCCACCACGCAGCAGUUCAUCGAUACCAUCAUCAAAAAGUACGGCACCCACAUCCUCAUCUCUGCCACCCUGGGAGGAGAGGAGGCCCUGACCAUGUACAUGGACAAAAGUCGCCUUGACAGGAAGUCAGGAAACGCUACCCAGAGCGUAGAAGCUUUGCACCAGCUCGCUUCCUCCUACUUUGUGGACCGUGACGGCACCAUGAGGAGACUCCAUGAGAUCCAGAUCUCUACGGGAGCAAUCAAGGUAACAGAAACUCGGACUGGCCCCCUGGGCUGUAACAGCUACGACAAUCUGGACUCUGUGAGUUCUGUCCUUCUGCAAAGCACUGAAAGCAAACUCCACCUGCAAGGUCUCCAGAUCAUCUUCCCACAGUACCUACAAGAGAAGUUUGUCCAGUCUGCCUUGAGCUACAUCAUGUGCAAUGGGGAGGGCGAGUACAUCUGUCGGAACAGCCAAUGUGGCUGCCAAUGCGCGGAGGAGUUCCCACAGUGCAACUGCCCCAUCACUGACAUCCAGAUCAUGGAGUACACUCUAGCCAACAUGGCCAAGACCUGGACAGAAGCCUAUAAAGAUCUGGAGAAUUCAGAUGAGUUCAAAUCCUUCAUGAAAAGGCUACCUAGCAACCACUUCCUGACCAUUGCAAGCAUCCACCAGCACUGGGGGAACGACUGGGACCUGCAGAACCGCUACAAACUGCUGCAGAGCUCCUUGGAAGCCCAGCGCCAGAAGAUCCAGCGCACUGCCCGCAAACUCUUCGGCCUCAGUGUCCGAUGUCGGCACAACCCCAACCACCAGCUGCCUAGAGAAAGGACAAUACAGGAAUGGCUUACCCGGGUCCAGUCCCUACUCUACUGCAAUGAGAAUGGGUUUUGGGGCACUUUUUUGGAAAGCCAGCGGAGCUGUGUUUGCCACGGUGGCACCAGCUUGUGCCAGCGUCCCAUCCCUUGCAUCAUUGGGGGCAACAACAGCUGUGCCAUGUGCAGCCUUGCCAAUAUCUCUCUCUGUGGCUCGUGCAACAAGGGCUAUAAGCUUUAUCGGGGCCGUUGCGAGCCUCAGAACGUAGACUCAGAGCGGAGUGAGCAAUUCAUCAGCUUCGAGACAGACUUGGACUUCCAGGACCUAGAGCUGAAGUACCUGCUGCAGAAAAUGGACUCUCGCUUGUACGUGCAUACCACCUUCAUCAGCAACGAGAUCCGCCUGGACACCUUCUUUGACCCCAGGUGGCGCAAACGCAUGUCCCUCACCUUGAAGAGCAACAAGAACAGGAUGGACUUCAUCCACAUGGUGAUUGGGAUCUCCAUGCGCAUCUGCCAGAUGCGCAACAGCAGCCUGGACCCUAUGUUCUUUGUCUAUGUCAACCCGUUCAGCGGGAGUCACUCCGAGGGCUGGAACAUGCCCUUUGGGGAGUAUGGCUACCCACGCUGGGAGAAAAUCCGCCUCCAAAACAGCCAGUGCUACAACUGGACCCUGCUACUGGGCAACCGGUGGAAAACCUUUUUCGAGACCGUCCACAUCUACCUACGCAGCCGGACACGGCUGCCCUCCCUGCUGCGAAACGAGACGGGCCAAGGGCCCGUGGACCUUUCUGACCCCAGCAAGCGCCAGUUCUACAUCAAGAUCUCGGAUGUGCAGGUGUACGGCUACAGCCUGCGCUUCAACGCUGACCUUCUGCGCAGCGCCGUGCAGCAGGUCAACCAGUCGUACACGCAAGGUGGGCAGUUCUAUUCUUCCUCCUCCGUCAUGCUCUUGCUGCUGGAUAUUCGGGACCGAAUCAAUAGACUGGCACCUCCUGUGGCCCCAGGGAAGCCCCAGCUGGAUCUGUUCUCUUGUAUGCUCAAGCACCGCCUGAAGCUCACCAACAGUGAGAUCAUCCGUGUCAACCACGCUCUAGACCUGUACAACACCGAGAUCCUCAAACAGUCGGACCAGAUGACAGCCAAACUCUGCUAACCCGGACUUUUCAGUGGGACACGUUGGUGACUGAUCCUUUUGCUGUAAAAAAAUAAAAGAAGAAAGAAAAAAAAAA